AUGUCAAAUAGAAUAUUAAUAAAAAAGAGUAAGGUUACGUUGAGUCAGCCUCCACUUGUAAUUGGCCGAGGGGCAAUGGGAGAAGUAUACUUGGCCACUUUUCAAGGAAAGUCUGUGGUCGUAAAAAGGAGUCAGGAAUAUAGUAACUACUUCAAAUUACAAAAUCACAGCAAUAUACUAAAAUUCUUCGGAGUGAUAAGAGAAGAUCGAUAUUCUUUUUCAUUGGUAUUGGAAUACGCGCCCAAUGGAAAUUUAUCGAGUUAUCUUAAAUCUCAUACAAUAGCGUGGAGUGAUAAAGCAAGAAUUUGCAGAGACAUAGCACUCGGACUAAUGCAUUGUCACGAAAAUAAUGUGCUACAUUUCGAUCUUAAACCCGAAAAUGUCUUGCUGGACCGGGAUUGCGUUCCAAAGUUGGCCGAUUUUGGCAUUUCCAAGACCAAGAGUCAGAUGGUGUUGGAUCAUGGAAAAGCUGGUGGUACCAUUAAUUAUGUGGCACCGGAACGCGUAUGUAGAGAACUUAAAAUGAGAGAAUUCUUUGACAACCAUCCAAAACUUUCCGACAUAUAUUCAUUUGGGUUGAUAUUGUGGUCAGGUAAACAAUCAUUUAUUUCACGAAUUAAUCCUUCUUAUGUUACGCAUCGUUUGAAUUUAACUUUAAAAAUGAAUGAUGUAGUUGCCAAGGAAGGAGUGCACCCUUACGAAGGAAUGGAUGAUGAUGAGAUUAAAGAAUAUAAAAGAUCGACUCGCGCAAUGUAUGAUUUGUUGGAACAACUUCCUUCGGACACACCGCAAAUUUACAACCAGCUUAUAUUUGAUUUGACGCAAUACGUUCCGAGCGAAAGACAUAAUUUACCCGUUGAUGAUUUGGAUUCUUCUGAUGAUGAUUUUGAUGGUUCCGUAUCAAGCAGCAAGCCAGUAUCCACAUCCACGACAAUUGAAAGCGAAAAAAGCACACUCGCAAGUGACAAGGACAUAACAUUUUCUGAAACAUCAACAGAACCAAGGCCAUUAAGCAUAUCAUCAAGCAUUUAUCGAAAUCCCAUUCGUAGUGGUAGCGCACCUGUUCCAUCAUCUUCAUCAUCCGAUAAUGAUGAUAAUAACACUUAUAAUCUUAUUCUUGGUAAGCCAAUCGUUACUUCCCCAGCGUCCAACGAGGAUGAUAACCCAAUGGGAAUCGUGAUUCCCCCAAUGGAUGCUAUUCUUAAUCGUGACAUCAGGCGGGAUAGUAAAGGUAGUUACAAUAGGCGAGAUAGCGAUUGUAGUAGGUAUAGACGUGAUUCCGGAGUUGAUCGAAAAUCACAGUGUACGUUGGUUGGCUCGCCGUUAACCCCUAAAACUCCUCCAUUUGAAAAAGUGAUCUUAAAAAUUUCAAAUGUGGAUCAAGAAUUGAUGGACGGUGUUAUCAGCAUAUGUGAUCAUUGGGAAAAUGUCACUGAUGACGUUUUGAAAAGAAAAUUAGACAAUCUAUGCUACGAUAAAAAGAAGAAACCCAAAGAUAUAUUAGCACUCUUCGAAAAUUACCCAUCAAAGUCCGCCGAUUAUUAUUUUGCUGUCGGAUUCAUGAAUGAACAUGGAUUUGGAAAGGUCAAAGACCCGACGUUGGCCUUUGAAUAUUAUUCUAAAGCGGCGGAUUUAGGUGAUCCAAGAGGAUUGGUCUUUGUAGGAACGAAUAUUGUAUGGUCCCUUGAGAUCUAG